GCGCACCUGACCCGUGACGUCACUUCCUUCUUGAGUUCGAUAGCUAUCUUGUUCAUCACUGGCUUAAGUGGAAAAAUAGGAUCGUAAAUCCUUAUAAUGCCCCUGUUUGGGAAGUCACAGAAGAGUCCCCAGGAUGUGGUUAAGUCCCUAAAGGAGGCUCUCCUUGCUGUUUCCAAAGGAAGUACAGGGGAAAAGAAAGCUGAUAAGGCAACAGAAGAUAUUUCCAAGAAUCUUGCCCAUAUAAAAGGUAUCCUGUAUGGAGUUGGGGACCAGGAGCCACAGACUGAGUUAGUUGCCCAGCUGUCACAAGAAAUGUAUAAUCACAAUAUGUUGUUUAUGCUUAUACAGAAUCUGCCUAAGGUGGAUUUUGAGGGCAGAAAAGAUGUGGUUCAGAUCUUCAACAACAUGUUAAGAAGACAGAUUGGUUCCCGUGCUCCAACUGUGGAACAUAUAUGUUGUAAACAGGAUAUACUAUCAGAAUUAAUGAAAGGUUAUGAGAAUCAAGAAGUUGCAUUGAAUUGUGGACAGAUGUUACGUGAAUGUUGUCGUUCAGAAGAACUAGCUAAGAUUUUAUUAUCUUCUUCACAGUUUUAUAAAUUUUUUGACUAUGUAGAAGUUUCAACGUUCGAUAUUGCUUCAGAUGCAUUUUCUACGUUUAAGGAAUUAUUGACGAAACACAAAAUGUUGUCAUCAGAAUUUUUAGAGGCUAAUUAUGACAGGAUAUUUGAUAAUUACCAGUCUUUGUUAAAUUCUGAGAAUUAUGUUACAAGACGGCAAGCACUCAAGUUGUUAGGAGAGUUACUGUUAGACAGACAUAAUUUCACCACGAUGACAAAGUACAUUUCCAAUCCAGAUAAUCUAAAACUAAUGAUGAACAUGUUGAGGGAGAAAAGCCGAAACAUUCAGUUUGAAGCUUUCCAUGUAUUUAAGGUGUUUGUAGCAAAUCCAAAUAAACCAAAGCCAAUAUUGGAUAUAUUACUUAGGAACAAAGAAAAGCUUGUUGACUUUUUAACGAAAUUUCACACAGAACGAUCAGAUGACGAACAAUUCAACGAUGAAAAAGCAUAUCUUAUUAAACAAAUUAAAGAGCUUAAAUCAGUCGAUGAGUCAUAGUAUUCAGUGUUGUGUAACAGGACAAGUGUGCUAUAAUGUUAUAUGAGUUGUCUCCCUUCUGAUGACUUCUUUAGAAUGGAAGGAAGAUUUACUCUACAGUUGUAAUAUAUAUUUCAUGUUUUAUUGGACACAUAGUGCUAUAUGUAUUUAACAGUCAAUCUAUUUUCAUGUAUAAAUGUAUAAAGUAUGAAAAUUUGUUCUGUAUGAAACACCAAAUUUUUUUAUAUAAAAAAUUGCUAAUUGCAAUAGGAAAAAAAUUUGGAAUUACUUGCCUGUUGUAGUUAAUAGAAAACAAAGUUCUGAUUAAAAUAGAGGUAUCCAUAUGCUGAAUCAUUAUUUUUAUCCCAUUUUUUAUCUAAUGUUACAAAUAAUUUCUGUUAUACAGAAUCGAAAUGAAAAAAAAAAAUUGCCAAAAAGCAGACAAAACAGAAAAAAGACAAUCCUGGGUUUCUGUGAUUUUUAGUUCCAUUUAUAUAAGUCAAUAUUAAUUGUAAUCUUUAUUAUUUUUGAUGUACUUUUGAAUUCAUUAAACUCUUGGAACACACUAUUUUUUCUGCACAUUUACAACAUAUUGAUAUAACUCAAAGUAUUUAUUUGUCUAUCCAUUGUACAUCAUUUUCUCUUAAAUUUCCUGUUUUAUUUGAACAGUCUUAGUUGGAAUGUUUCUUACAGCAUCUCUGUAAAUUUCUAAUCACAGUAGUUAGUAAUAAAUGAAUCUAAUGAAUUCUGCUAUGUAAAGAAAAUAUUAAGUUCUUAAAACUGAUGACAGUGAUGUGUACUAGACAUUUGAAAAAUAAGGAAACCGACAAUCAAGACUUUUCAGUCUUCAUGGUUAUUGUAACUCUUUUAUUGCUUAAUUUGAUAUUCAUUUAACCCAAUCCAUUUUCAUUUCCCCACUGGUUAACUAUAUGGCUGUGCUUGAGGACUAUAGUGCAGUUUACAUGACAUUUUUUUUUGUUAAUUGUCCCAGUCUAAUUGAUAAAAAAUAAUAUCUUCCAUACGAUUGAUUCAGAUUUUAAUAUGGGUUAACUUCAUCUGCAAAAUAAACUCUUGAUGAGACUGUUCCAUCUGUCUUUUAUCUGUUUGGCAUUUUUGAAUACAAGGAAAGUUUACUUAACUUGAUUAUGAUUCAUUUAACAUCUACCUGCUAAAACAAGGUCUACAUAAGACCCAGACCUUUAUUCAAGUUGUAUGUAUAUCCCUCUAAAACCUGAAAUGAGAGCCUCUAACAACUGCCUUGAAUAAAACAUGUGUAUUUACAUGUAUGGAUAUGAUGCAUUUGGUGAUCAAGUCACAUUGCCUGGCUUACAGCACUUUCAGUGCUUUUAUUUCUUAAUAGUUCACUUCUGUCCAUAAUCAAAUAUUUAUUUGAAUUUUCUUCAAUUUACUUCCUGACAUUUUUAUGAGAAUAACUACUCAUGCAUGAAAAAUUCCUUUGAGAUUUCAUAGCCUUUCAUGUGAUAUGCAUGAUUGAAUGUUAUAGAGAGAAUAAUUUUGUGAUUAUAUUGAAUAUAAUGGAGCAAAGUGUCACUCUGGUUCUUUUCCUUAUAUAAUUUAUAUCCAGCAUUGUGUCCUUUCAUGAUUGUAUGUAAACUAAUUAAAUUUGGACAUCAAACUUCAAUUGACAGUGACGAAAUAGUAUUUCUGUAAUUUUACACGGGUCAUAAUACAGUAUAUAAUCAAUUUUGAAUUAAAGUUUCACAUUUAUAAUUUAUAACAUAUUUAUAUAAUCAAUACUCCAUCCUAAUUGAUUCCAUAUUCCCAAGUUAGUUUUAACAUAUACCAUUUAAUAUGAAAGUUUAGCUAUUAUCUAUAUGAUUUCAUCAAACAGGCGAUAUUUUAAUCAGAUAUGUUAAUGUUUCUGUUUGCUGUUUUGGUCAUUAAUAUAAAAUGCAGGUCAUAGUUUGUUUUUAUAAUGCAAUAUUUUUAAGUUUAUAUGCCGAAGAGAGUUCCCUUAUAUCAUGUUGUAAUGUCAUUCCAAAGAAUUUUUUCAAAUUAAAAUUAUACUUUCUUAAGGUGCAUUGAUUUAUAUAUAUAUUCAAUUUUAAUCUUGCUGCAUGCAGUCUUUGAGUAAAGAUUGAAAAUACAUUGUGAAAUUGUCUCAAUUAUCCAUGAAAAAUGUUGUUUUUUUAAAUUAUUUUUUGGAUAGUCAUAUGCUAGUAAAUAUUUCUUGAAAUUUUGACUUCAAAUUUAAUACAUAUCAAACCAAAGAAAUUUCUAAUUAACCAGAUUUUAUUUUCUUUAUUUAAAAACCAAAUAGAUGGUUUACCUUCUAAUAAUAGUAUCAUUACUAUGUUAUAAAAAAAAUGUGAAGUCAUAUUUCAUUAUUUGAUUUCGUAAAAAAAAUUACAAUUACAUAAAAAAAAAUGUUAAUCAUUUCUUAUGAUAACUUGUAUAUAACUUUUAACUUAUUAAUCAUAAAAAAAUAAUUUCCCAACCAAAUUAUUAUUACUGUAAGUUGGAAAUGUUUGUGAUUGAUUUAUUUUCAAAGAUGUAGUUAGUUCAUAAGAAAUUAUAAACAAGGUAAUUACAUAGAAACUAUAAAAAUACAAAAGCACAAAGAUCAAACUGUUUUUUUUUUAUCAACUAUUUCAGUUGUUGCAUUUUUGAAAAAAGUUAUUCUUUUUUGUGAUUUUUAUUCUCUCCUGUACAAAUUGUUAAUAAACUUAUUGUCAGAAGGUGAAAACAUUGUUACAUUAUCAAUAUCUUUAAAGUUUACCAAAUUUAUAAGUGCAAUUGGAAUAUAUAAUUUAUAUUGAUUACAAAUAAGUAUUAUAAGAUGAACUUAUUCACUCAAUUUCUUCUGCUUCUUUUGGAUAUGCCACUUUCCAUUUUUUAUAAAUAUUGACUCUUUUUAAGUGUGUAAAUAUUAUUACGUCUGUCACUGCCAGCGACAGUUUUUCAUCUUGAGCUAAUUUCUUCGUCUAUAUGGUCACAAACUAUGUAUUCACUAUUUUUAAUCAGAUAUGAUUUAUGUGUUAAAUUUUCUUGUGUUGAAAAUUUAUCUUUAUAUGUAGUGUUAAAAUCCAUUUAUUUUGAAGGAAUGUCAAGUUGUAAGUAAUUGUACAGUAUAUUUGUAUCAAAUGUCUUCAGUGAAACAGGAUAUUUACAAUGUCAAUUAUACUGGUGAUGUAUAUAGCAGAAUGCAAUUUUUUUCUUAUUCAGUCAGAUCCAUAUCUUUUUGUAAACAAAAAAUCCUAACAAGAACUGUGUCGGCAAUGUUUUACUUUUUUUACCAAAUCCUUAAAAUCUACUAUUGAACAAACCCUUAUCUCAAACUAGUUAUAUUUGUCCUAAUACCUUGAGAAGGAUAGAUCCAUUAUAUGUUAAAGAAUAUUAUUUUUUUUAUAUUUCUAUGAUAUAAGUUUUAGUUCACACAACAUUUUCUGGAAAAUCUUCAUAGACUCAUUACUCAUGUUCAAAUUUUUUAAAUCUAAAUGCAUAAAACAUCUGUUUGUGUCCAAAAAAAAAGAUGAUACAGAAUUAUUUAUAGCUUUACAUUAGUAAAGAUACACAUAAAUCAUUGCAUGUGGGAAAAGGCAAUUGGCAUAAUUGAAACCUUUCAAAGAUGAGCUAACUUUUUCCUAUUGAAAAAAUGUAACAUGAAUCAGAUGCUUGACAUGAAUUGACACUUUUCUGGAGAGAGUUGCAACUUUUUUAUCACUGCAAGCAACUCAGUCUGUAAUAUUUUAUUCUUAAUUUAAAACUACAUAGAAGAAGUAUAUGUAUAUAUUGUUUCAGUUCUGAAUGCUUUUGAUAUUCAGGUGGUGACUCCAUUUUGUUUUCAUAUAACUGUCAUUGAGAGCAAUGAAUUGUGGGAUGUUAACACUGUGAUCAAGUAAUGAACAUAAGUGAAACAUAUAUAUUCCAUCCAUUAAAAAUAUUUAAAAAAACA